AUGCCUCAGAGUGCAUUUGCCGGAUUACGUCCCCUGGAGUGGUAUUUGGCAAUAGAGUUGACCAACAGAAACAGUAAUUUGACAAAGCUAAUCGCUACACUAGACGGGACUACUUAUAUAUGCGACGGAAAAGCCGAGGAAAACUUAUUAAAUUUCCGUUUUUAUGUUCCGUUUUCAGACAUUAUUCAUGGCAAACUGUUCCAGAACACACGCAUUCUUGAGGUGGAGUACGCCCAGGGUCGGGACAUACCACCCGGCAACACUGGCAAGAUUGUCGAGAUUCUCCAGGCCUGGUUCAACUCCUGCGACGGCGUCUCCAGCUGCAUUGAAAACCAGAUUAAGUACGCCAAUUCCGAGAAAUCCAAGCGACUGUUCAACAAGGAUCGUGUAGAGCAAGAUCUGAUUAAUUUGAAGAAAAUGCUGAAGAGUCAGGCCUUGGACAGUGAUGAGAACAUGCAGAUCGACACCCAUGGACCCAGCGGCAGCGGCGGCUUGAGUUUGGCGGACCUUCGCAAGAAGCCCUCCAAGAUGAAGGCCCAGCGAAAUACUGGAGUUGGUCUGAAGUUCAGCAUGUGAGUGCAGGCCAGCCGAGGGGGUGUUUGUGUGGACUCGGAGCUAAGCCUUGG